AUUCGGCAAUUUUGACGUACGGGGCUGGAGGAGGUUUAACCAACCCGAGCUGAAGACCAUCAGAAAAAAAGUACAGCAAAAGGUUAUGUGGCUCGCUCACGCUGGGUGGCCAUCAUCCAUGUCAGAAAGAUGACGGGAGAAACAGAUUGUCCCUGGACAGGUAGUUAGGACUCAGGAGUGUCUGCACCCCUGGUCGGAGUCGGAGAAGAGACGAACACUCGGAAGGGACCAGCAUCGUACAUUACUAAGUAGCCUACGCAAAAUGCGUUAUGGAACUGGCUGGUUGCUGGUAGAUGCCAGAACUACACCAUGACGGCAAAAAUCAUUUUUCUGCAUUCAAACGGCCCGGGAUGCCCAAGGAACCGAGAGGAGAUGCCCAAGGGUGUGUAGGGGAGAGGGAACGCACCUCUCGUCCAGCCAGUAAAAAUGAUAAGGACAAAAGCAACCGUGCCGCCCUUUUGGCAUCAAGAGCAAGAGCAUACACUGAAAAGGAAACAUACGGACGUGAAUCCCGCUGCUCUGAGAAAGACUCUGGUUACUCAGACACUGCUUCAGAUUCCUUGCAAACUGAUGCAGAUGACCAGCAGAGCAGUGUGAAUGAGCCUCAGGUACGCAAAGGUUUGGGUGGGGUGGAUCAAGGCCCUCUACAGGGAAGCCACAUACUGGUGUCCGGGACCCCUGAACUCACCCCCAUAUUCAUCAUUAAGAAUGUGGUGUUAAAGCAGCCAGGGGAGUCUGGUCAGGACCACAUCCACCCCCCAUCACUGUCAUGGGGUGGAGGUACUACAAGCAAUCAGGGUGCCACCCAUGUUCUCUUGCUACAACAGCCUGGAAUCAAUCAAAGCGCCCCAAUUCACACCCUCAAGCCCCACUCAAAAAGAUCCGAAAACAAGGGUGUAAAGAAAAGCACUUACCUUCCCAUCCUAAACUCCUACCCUCGAAUCGCACCUCACCCUAAUAAGAAAGCCCCAGAGAAACCUACAAACAGUAGGGGAAGUAACACAGAGGAGCACAGCUUGAGUAAGAGAGUGUGCACAGAAGAAAAAAGAGAGGAGGUGUCCACAAGCACGCAAGCGACUAAGCAGCAUCUGCACAAACAGCCAGAGAACAACUUGCUGUUGCACUCUCAAUCCCUUCCACAGUCGCAGUCUGUGAGCCAUGAGAGACUUUCUGCCUCUCACCAGCACCGGAGCCCAUGCCGCCCAUCUAGUCCCUCCACUUCCCUCAGUGUGAGCUCUCCGUCAGUCUCAAGCACUCAGACUCCUUCCCCACCCUCUUCCAACGACCUUAUUCAGUCCAGAAAAGAGCCCCAUAAGCAUUGCCAAGGACCAAAAAAUGACACUGGCAAAGGGUCAAACACUCACAAAGGGCCAGCACGGCAUCGUCGCUUCCUCAACACAGUGGAGAUUCUGAGCCAGUCGGGGUUACUUGACAUCACCUUAAGAACGCAGGAUCUGCUGCGGCAAAAUGCCGCCGCCGAACGAGACAUAGCCCAGCUCCGCCAACAUGCCAAUCUGCUUUUCCAGGCCACUCAAGCAGGUGUUGAUGCGCCGGCUGCCUGGGAGAAGCUCCAACAGGUCAUGGCUGAGUCUGGACACUAUUCCAGCCUCAAGUGCCUACCGACAGACAGCAAUGAUGGAGGCGACUGGUCUCAAUCAAAGUUGGAAGUCGAGGGAGCCACUAGCACGAAACCUGAUGUUCAUGUGGUAUACAGAUAUGGAGUUAAUGGGACUGAGGAGGUUGCACCCCCAUCUCCUCUCCUAGCUCCCAUGCCGGAUGCAGAAUGGCAGUCGACAGGUCAAUAUGAUUUGGGCAAUGAUAACACCACCACUUAUGAGCAAAUCAGAGCCUACAGAGGAACUGCCAGUCUGCCGUAUGAUCCUAUAAUGCCUCCAGACAGCUCUACACAUGGAAACCUGCUUUAGACUGCACCCAGAAACCUGCUGAGCAAUGGGCCUUCCCAGCAGUGAAACACCAAGGGCGACUUGAUGACUCUUUCUUGAACAUCUCAAACAUGACUUCAGAGAUUUUAUGUCUAUAGCCCAAGAUUCAGUAGUCUCCAUGGUAACUCAGGGCUAUGCUCAAGGACAGCAGCUUGACUGUGCCGCAAACCAUCUUCCUGUUUGUCAUGUUUCUGCGUAUCUGCAUCAGAAUUACCCAAAGUGUCUGAUGAGAGAUUUGCAGAAUUGAACACGCAUGCUACAGAAUGCCACUCUUUAGUUUAGUCACUGACGUUAGGUUACCUGAAUCAGCUUAUCCUGCCUCAUAACCGAAUCAAGUUUUCCAACCCGAUCUCACGACCAAAUCGUACGAAAUCGACGCAUGAUUAAAAAGUGUCUAAUUCGUACGACCUCAC